GCCUGAGAACACAACUGUGAGCCAACUACAGCUUUAGACUGAUAGGUUGCAGCUUGAGGUAAUGAAACUUCACCUGUUUAGAUGUUUGGUGGUUCCCUCUCAGCUAAGCAAGAGAACACUUAAUUAGCAUGAAAUCAGCUUUGAGUCACAAGAAGCCUGCAAAAAAGAGGUAAUAAGAAUAAGGACAAAAUAAAGAACAAGCAAAGGUUAGAUACCGUAAACGGUGUCAUUUUAGGAAGGAUGGCGUGUGGGAAGAAACCAGUGUCACUGGUCAUUAAAGAAAACAUUGAAAUGAAAGUGUUUUCUUCCAAGGAGCCCUGUAAGGUCUUGAUAACACAGGAGGAAGAGGAGGAAUACAGCGUUCACCAGCGAUACAUGGCGAGUCCUCUGUUCUCCAACUCCGAGGAAGCCCCUGAGCAGCAGGUCCAAACUCAACCCAGACACCAGGCUGAAACAGAUUCCCCAGACCAGGAAGAACCUCACUGCUCUGCUGUGGUGUGCAAACAAGAAGUAGAGAUAGAGCUGGAGGUGAUUCCUUCUAUCAGAAAGUCAAAGAGUCAUCCAGCAAUGCCAUAUUCUAACAAAGCUGGUCAUCUCAAAUGGAAGAGACUGAUUCCUCAGAAGAAAAGCCUGGUGGUUAAAGACGUGGUCUGUUUACCCAGAGGACACUCUAUGUCACAGCUGGACAGACAAAUAGUUCCAAAGAAUAAAGACCAAGCAGCUCUGGAAGCCAUGAUGAUGACUGCUCGCAUCACCAUUGACCGCAGCUGGUCAGCCACUCAGUGUGUGCAGAGCUCCAGAGUGCUGUUUGUCCCUGACACCCCUUCAGAGGGCUGGACUGGAGAGCAAGUCCUCAGGAUCUCUGAACAUGGUGCUUUAUAUAUCCUGAGCCACCACGACUACUCAGAGACAGAAUCUGAAGGGUCAGCAAGUGAGACACUUGUGGUAAAAAGCACAGACAGCUGCCAAGAUGGUAAAAGUGAGCUAAUAAUCAAGCCUAGCAUCUGCAGGGAUACAAAGAAGUCCACUGUUGACCUGGACACCAUCCUGAGAGCGUUCAGACAGGAGAACGUAGAUCCAGGAUUGAAAACUCACAUCCAGGUGAGGCGGACAGAUCUACUCCACGGCGCUCUGGAGGUGGUGAGGAGGCCCGACUUCUGCUUCAGGGCGACGCCUGUUAUCUCCUUCAGUGGAGAAGAGCCCGACAGCCACGAGGCCCCUGUCAGGGAGUUUUUCAGGCUGAUGCUGCUGGAGCUGCAGCACAGCUGUGUGUUUGAGGGUCUUCCAGGAAGUCUGUUCAUGACCUGCAACUUCACAGCUCUUGAGGAGAGGAAGUACUAUGAAGCUGGGGUUCUCAUUGGCUGGUCGCUGGCUCAGGGUGGGCCUGGACUUUGUUGCCUUCACCCUGCAUUGUAUCAGGUGAUGUGUUGCCACAGUAUAACAUUAGAAGACUUCAACUGGCGGGACAUUAUUGAUACCGAAGUCCAAAUCCAACUGAAAGAGCUACAUAGUUGUACUGAUGUAAAGCUGCUGUCUCCCAGUCUGUGCGACUGGGUGUCACGCUGUGGGAUCCCUGAGAUCUGUUCAGCCAACUCUGAUGAAAUGCCAGCCAUUUAUAGUCGCCUGGUAAAACACUACAUCUACGACAGGGUGACUAAAAUGAUCUCCCAGUUUACUGAGGGGCUGAAUAGCUGUGGUGGGCUGUGGGACAUGGUUCAGUCCCACUGGGAAAUUUUUGCCCCAGUUAUGACGAGUGCACCGCAGCAGCCUCUGAGUCUGGAAGAGUUCAAGCAGCUUUUUACCAUCAGCUUUAGCACUUCAGAUGCCCAACUGAGGGCAGAUGAGGAGGCCACAGCUGGACACUGGGAAACAAUCCUCACUUUAGUGCGUGACGGCAAGGCAGAGUUUUCCUUUGAAGACCUCCUCACCUUCAUCACAGGAGCUGACCGUUUGCCUCCUCUUGGCUUCCCCAGAUUCAUUUCUCUGUGUUUUUACUCUCAGGAUGCCAGCAUGCAAGAUUUGCGCCUGCCUCAUGCCGCCUCCUCUUCUCUGGAGCUCUACCUGCCAAGGGGAGUGGCUGGGGCUGUGGACCUGCUGGCCCUGUUAAACAGAGCUGUGCACAAGGUGCUGCGAGACGGAGAGGACAACUGAAGAGAAGUGAUGAUGAGAUUAUGAAGAGAAUUCCCUCUCACUGGAGAUUAAACGUUUCUGUGUGAUGUUAACAACAUGACUAAAAGGACGCAAUUUGCUCUGUGUGCACUUUGGUGCUGGUGACACGAUGCUGUAGAUUAGACCAGUGUUUGUAUUUUGUAAAGACCUCAGUCUGAUGGUUUUAAACCGUGUAGUGUUUAUAAUAGAACCUGUGCGCAUUUUUUGAUAAGUAGAAUCAUGUAUUUUAAAAGAACGGGAAGGAAUGGUACUCAACACACAAGGUCUUAGAUGUUUUUGGCAGGGCCAAGUCAGAGUUGAUGGAUCCAUGUUGAGUUUAUUUGUUGAUGCAGAUAAGGUGUGUGUUUUCUUUCAUUAAUUAUUAAAA